AUGGCCGACCUCGAGUCGUCCGAAGACGACCGCUCUGUGGAAUUGUCCUCCAUCGCCGCUAUCUACCCGGAGAUCAGAGUCGAGCCCGACACCCCAUAUAAAGCCGCCCUAGACCUUCCCAUUGCUCUGCCAUCGCCGACCCAUGUCUGCUUCCAGCAAUCACCCGAUGUUGGCCUCUCCGCCGCCUUGACGCCCCCCACCUCUGUGGAUGGAUCGAAGGCCGAUCUCGGUCUGGCUCCUACCCGAGAUGUCCAUGUAGUAUCACAUUUGCCUCCUCUCAGUCUAGAGAUCGAAUUGCCGGACGGAUACCCGUCAGAGAAACCCCCAGUCGUUCAGCUGAGCACCACUCCGCCGUGGUUACCAGCUACCGUUCUCGUGAAGCUCUCCGAUGAUUGUCGACGGCUAUGGGAGGAAUGCGGGAAGGAUAUGGUAGUAUAUACAUAUAUCGAUCAUCUUCAACAACUCGCCGAAUCAGCCUUUGGGAUUCAGGACUCCUCCGACGGCGAGCUAUGCCUGUCACGAGAUCUGAAGGUCGCCCUAUUGGACUUUAACAGCAAGACGGAACGGGAGAAGUUUGAACAGGAGACAUUUGAGUGCGGUGUAUGUUUGGAGCCGAAAAAGGGUAUCAACUGCUAUCGACUACUGCGCUGCUCCCACGUCUUCUGUAUUCCUUGCCUACAAGACUUCUACAACACUUGCAUCACCGAGGGUGACGUUGAGGGUGUCAGAUGUCUUGCUCCAGACUGCGAAAAAAAUCAGAACCCAAAACGUGCCCCCGGGGCCGACACCGAUAUACCGCGCCGCAAGAAACGUGACCGAACACUGGGACCCAGCGAGCUUCUGCAGAUUCCAUUGACUCCAGAGACAGUGCAAAGAUAUGUCUUCCUGAAGCGCAAAAAGAAGAUCGAGGCCGACAAGACGACGGUAUACUGUCCACGAGAGUGGUGCCAAGGUGCAGCCCGAUCAAAAAGACACCCGAAACCAACGGAUCCAAUGGCAGACGAUGCCGAUGCAUCUGACGAGGAAGAAGGGGUUGCAUUCGAUCCCCUUGGUGAGGAUGGUCAGCUGCCUCCCAUGGCCGAGCGGGUAGCCAUCUGCGAGGACUGCAAUUACGCCUUCUGCUGCGUCUGCAAAAAAGGCUGGCACGGCGAGCUAGUUUAUUGCUCCCCAAGGCGCCAAGCCGAGCAGACAGUAGAAGAGAAAGCAACCGAGGCCUACCUGCAACAGUAUACAUCCCCAUGCCCAACUUGCAAUGUCCGUUGCCAGAAACGCAUGGGCUGCAACCAUAUGCGCUGUACCAAGUGCGAAACCCACUUUUGCUAUCUCUGCUCCUCUUGGCUAUCCGCAGACAACCCAUACCAACAUUUCAACAACGACAGCAGCCAGUGUUAUAACCGACUAUGGGAUAUGGAAGGCGGAGAUGGUCUCGAUCCCGAAGGCGCCGAAGCUCUACACAGAAUCCCAGAAGCACUACUGGUAUUCGAUGAUGAGGACGAAAUCCCGGACGCAGAGAGCGACGUUGAUAGCGACGGCAAUGUUGACGAACCUGAUUGGGACAUUGACUUUAGCGACAAUGAGGAUGACCACUACCCCUUCAACCAUCCUCCUCCCCCUGCACCAGUCCCACCCCGUGCCCCUGGCGCAGCUAGAGGCGGUGGCGCGAACAACCGGGAUCGCGAUGCCGCCGCUCGUGCAGCAGCAGCAGAGCGCCAGGCCCAAGCACGCGCCAUGGCCGAAGUGCGCAACCGUAACCGCCCUGUACAGCGACCUGAGCUUGGCCGAGAUGAGGCACAGGUUGCUGCCGCACGAGACCGACAUGCUGCACUACAGCGGUUCUUGUUCAUGGCCCAGAAUGACAUGGAAGACGAGUGGGAUAGUGAUGAGUUGGAAGAUGAUUUCUGA